AUGGUCCCUCGCCAGCAGCCUCUUGGGGAGAUGUGCCGGGGACUGACGCGUGCGCUGGUGAGCCGCCUGGCAGUCGGUCUGCACCUCGCACCCCAGAAUGGGCAGCCGGGAAAGGAUGGGGGCUACACUGGGCUCAACGACCCCGCCAAGCAGCUCAUGGAGAUGGACAAGCCGUGCCCCGCUGCUGUGUCUGGCAGCCACGCCUCCUUGCCCUCUGACCCUGGCGUGGAGCCCAGUGUCAGCAGCAUGGAGGCGGUCAGUGCCUUCCAGCGGCGCGUAGACAGCAAGAAGAAUGCCAAGAAACGCCACUCCUUCACGGCGCUCAGCGUGACGCACAAGUCCUCACGGGCCGCCAGCCACAGGCAUUCCAUGGAAAUUAGCGCUCCGGUUUUGAUCAGUUCCAGCGAUCCCCGGGCCGCGGCCAGAAUCGGGGAGCUGGCUCAUCUGUCCUGCAGUGCUCCUGCCCAGGACUCCUCCUCCUCGGCCGGAUCCACCCCAGCGGCUGAACAACAGGGCUCGGCUCCCAAAGUCCAGCUGCCCCUCAACGUGUACCUGGCGCUCUACGCCUACAAGCCCCAGAAGAGCGACGAGCUGGAGCUGCGCAAGGGCGAGAUGUACCGCGUCCUGGAGAAGUGCCGGGACGGCUGGUUCAAGGGCGCGUCCCUGAGGACCGGGCUCUCUGGGGUGUUCCCGGGGAACUACGUGACGCCCGUCUCCAGGGUUCCUGUAGGAGGGGCUGGGCCACCCCGGAAUAAUGUGGUUGGAGGGUCUCCACUGGCCAAAGGGAUGGCCACAACCAUCCACCCAGGCGGUGGAAGUCUGAGCAGCCCAGCCACUGCCACCAGGCCUGCCUUUCCCCUCACCACACCCCAGGCCCAGGCCCAGCACCAGGCACCCUCUCCUCCGAUGGGCAGCUGUCUGCGGCACUCAGCACAGCCAGCGGCCAGCCAGGCCCGGAGCACCAUCCUCACAGCUGCCCACUCGUCAGCUCAGGCUCAGGACCGACCGACGGCCACAGUGUCACCCCUGCGCACACAGAACUCUCCGUCCCACCUGCCCGCCGCCAGCCUCAGGCCCCACUCUGUGGUGUCCCCACAGCACAUCCACCAGCCCCAGAUGCAGACGGUCCUCGGGGCCCAGUGCCCCCGGCCAGCCAUCCCCCUCACGUCAGCAGCAUCGGCCAUCACACCUCCCAACGUCACUGCUGCCAACAUCAACGGGGAGGCUGGAGUGGGGCCCGUCGGUGGCCUGUCAACAUCUGGCCCUGCCAACAUGGGACACAAACCAGACGAGAAGAAAAGUGAAAAGGGAACUGUCCCCUCGGAGGGUUCUCCUGCUGGUGCCUACCUGCACCUCCUGCUCCCCUGGUGA